CGUUAUAGCAAAUACAGGGCGUGUAUUAGUGGACUACACGCCGGUCUACGAAUAGCUAUGGAGAGGGAGAGAUGUCCGGCGAAGUCGUACACGAGUCGUGUGAUCCGCGCGUACGGCGACAAAGCGGUCGGUUCGCCGCUCCGGUCGUUGUGCGGCACCGCAGCCGACGGUAAGAGUCGGUGUCCAUCCAAUCGUAGGAAAUCGGGUAUAUUAUGUCAAAAUAUAUUUGGAGGGAGCGGUGGGGGUUUGCCAUCACUGGGCAAACUACCCGGUGUGGGCCAAUGCGAUGCCAUCGUUACGGCCGGUGUAUUCAAUUGUAUGGAAAACUAUUUGCCCCGUAAUAUACUCUCGGGGUUUACGGGCGGGUCCGGCGGUUCCGGUGGUAACACUGAUAUUUGUUGCCGUUAUAGCAAAUACAGGGCGUGUAUUAGUGGACUGAACGCCGGCCUACGUAUAGCUAUGGAACAGGAGAGGUGUCCGUCCAAGUCGUACACGAGUCGUGUGAUCCGCGCGUACGGCGACUCUGUUAUUGGAGCGCCGCUGAAGUCCGUGUGCGGCACCGCUGCCGACGGCAAGAGCCGGUGUCCGCCAAACCGCACCUCAAAACCCAAAAAGCGUAAGACUGGCGCAAAACCUAAGCCCAGCGCCGGUAGUCGUCGUAAUGGUGGCGGCAUUGAUAGUCAAUUCCCAGUCAACCAGUUUAACCCAUUGGGCGGACAGGACUUGUUGGGCGGUGGCAACCCAUUGGGCGGCAUCGGUAGCGUGUUUCAACGUGGCACAGGCACCCUGGGCCAAGGGGCCACAUCGCUGUUUAACCAAGGUGCUGGAGCCGUGGGUGGCGCCACCAACCCCUUGGCCAACCCUCUGGGCAACCCAUUGGGUCAUCUUGGUGGUAUGUUUCAGUCGGGCGUUGAUAAAGUGGGCCAGGGUGCCUCGUCCAUUUUUGGUGGUGUUCUGGGCGGUGGUGGGGGUAAGAGAGGGUCAGCUAAUGCUGGUAACCCCAUCACUGAUUUGUUUAAACAAGGUAGCGAUACGUUAGCCCAGGGUGCCUCGACUAUUCUGGGAGGGGGUGGAGGUCUGUUUGGUGGCGGACAAGGCUUUGGCGCCGGAUUACCCCCUCUGUAA